AUGCUCAGCCUCUUCACGCUUGAGGUGACGUACCUCAUUAUGCCCGCCAUGCUCCUCUUCGUCCUCUUCAUUGUGCCGGUCCCGCGGGUCUCGCGCUACGUCUCCCGUGUAGUGAGCUUUGUGGAGCGGCCAAACUUCCAUGGUCUCUCGCUAUUGCUGCUGCUCACUCUGGUGACGUUUGUAACCUUCGUCGUGCAAUUCGUCGAGUGGAGGAAACGGUACGGGCCAGGAAAGCCACGCUUUGCCGACUUGAGUUUGGAAGUGGACUGGGAAGCCAAGAAAUGGCGGCACGAGCGCAACAUGUAUAUCCAUGCACUUGCCACCGUACUGUGUGCCGCCAUAAUGAAGUUUGCAAGGCUCUAUACCGCCUUGGAGAAGCAACAAGUGGCGGCCGUGGCGUCCAAAAAGAAUGCAUAG